AUGAUAGAUGAACCACCUUUUAAUUUCAAGAUAGAUGAACCAACUUGUACUUUCAAGAUAGAUGAACCACCUUUUUCCUUUAAGAUAGAUGAACCCAAUUGUACUUUCAAGAUAGAUGAACCACCUUUUACUCUCAAGAUAGACGAACCACCUUUUACUUUCAAGAUAGAUGAACCCAAUUGUACUUUCAAGAUAAAUGAACCACCUUUUACUUUCGAGAUAGAUGAACCACCUUUUACUUCCAAGAUAGAUGAAUCACCUUUUACUUUCAAGAUAGAUGAGCCAUCUUUUAAUUUAAAGAUAGAUGAACCACCUAGUACUUUCAAGAUAAUAGAUGAGCCACCUUUUACUUUAAAGAUAUAUGAACCACCUUUUACUUUCAAGAUACAUGAACCAUCUUUUACUUUCAAGAUAGAUGAACCAACUUGUUCUUUCAAGAUAAAUGAACUAACUUUUACUUUCAAGAUAGAUGAACCAAUUUGUUCUUUCAAGAUAGAUGAACCACCUUUUACUUUUAAGAUAGGUGAGCCACCUUUUACUUUAAAGAUAUAUGAACCACCUUUUACUUUCAAGAUAGAUGAACCAGCUUGUACUUUCAAGAUAGCUGAACCACCUUUUACUUGCAAGAUAGAUGAACCACAUUUUACUUUCAAGAUAGAUGAACCACCUUUUACUUGCAAGAUAAAUGAACCACCUUUUACUUUCAAGAUAGAUGAACCACCUUUUACUUUCAAGAUAGAUGAACCACCUUGUACUUCCAAGAUAGAUGAACCACAUUUUACUUUCAAGAUAGAUGAACCACCUUUUACUUUCAAGAUAGAUGAACCAUCUUGUACUUCCAAGAUAGAUGAACCACCAUUUACUUUCAAGAUAAGAUUAACCAACUUUAUAGAUGAACCACCUUUUACUUUCAAGAUAGAUGAACCACCUUUUACUUUCAAGAUAGAUGAACCACCUUUUACUUUCAAGAUAGAUGAACCGCCUUGUACUUGCAAGAUAGAUGAACCACCUUUUACUUGCAAGAUAGAUGAACCACCUUUUACUUUCAAGAUUGAUGAACCACCUUUUACUUUCAAGAUAGAUGAACCACCUUGUACUUGCAAGAUAGAUGAACCACCUUGUACUUGCAAGAUAGAUGAACCACCUACUUUUCAAGAUAGACCUUUUGAUGACCUUUUACUUUCAAGAUAG